GUCAAAGGCCGGGGGUUCAACAGAACCAACAUAAUUACCAAGUCCGACGGCGAAGAUGAUGUCUUCCCCUUUGCUCCACCUGCUUAUUGUGUGCUUUUGCGCCGUCCGAGUCCUAGCUCUCGCUGCAGCAGUGCCAGAUGAUCUCUCUGUGCAGUCAAGUGCGAGCUCUACCAAGGGCGCCCUUUGUUGUACUGCCCUGGCUUUGGUCCUGGGCUCCAAAGUGUCGUUUCCCAAGACGGCUGGAUACAAUGCGUUUGUAUCCAGCUACUGGUCAGCACAGGAACAAGCCAUCAGGCCAUCGUGCGUCCUUUCCGCAACCUCGGCCCAGGACGUGUCGACGACGAUCCGGAUCCUUGCCCCGCUGCUGUGCAAGUUCGCCGUCCGCAGUGGUGGUCAUGCGGCUCUGGCCGGCAUUGCCAACAUCCCAGAUGGCGUAACCAUUGACCUCGGUAGCCUCAACCAAGUCAAGCUGUCGACCGACAAGCUCACCGUGGCCGUCGGACCUGGCCAGAACUGGGGCGGCGUCUACACGGCCCUCCAACCCCAGGGCGUGGCAGUCCCUGGCGGCCGCGCCUCUGGGGUCGGCGUAGGCGGUUCGACGUUGGGUGAUGGAUGGGGUUUCUUGGCCAACCAAGCCGGGUUUGGGUGUGACAACGUGGUCGAGUACGAGGUGGUGCUCGCCAGCGGCACCAUCGUCACGGCUACCCAGACUUCUAACAAGGACCUGUGGAAAGCGCUCAAGGGUGGUGGCGGCAACUUUGGCAUCGUGACCAAGUUCGUCUUCCGCACCUACGCGGUAAGCAGCCAGAUCUGGGCCGGCGGCAUCGUCCAGCUGGCUCAGACCCAAGACCUUCCCCAGCUGGCCACCGCUAUCUACGACUUCACCGCCAACCCUCAGUACAAGCCCAAGGCCACCUUGCUUGUCGGCUACGGCUCGCACCCGGGCUUGGGCCUCAUCCUUUUCAUCCAGGUGGUCAACUUGGAGCCUGUGGAUCGGCCCGCCGUGUUCAACGACUUCUAUGCUCUCCCUGGCGUGCAGCUGUACAACACCACUUCGCUCACCACUCUCCCUGGAUAUGCGGCUCUGUUCAACUUAGACUCUCCAUCUGGGCUUCAGCAAAUUACCUGGGACUUCACCUUCGUGAGCGACAAGGACACCAUGCAGGAGCUAUGGACGCUCACAGACGGCAGCCAGCUCCAGCUCUCAAACGUGACGGGGAUCGACUGGUCUCUCGCUUUCCAGCCGAUCGCGCGGGGCAUGACGGCGGCCUCGGACACGGCCAGCGGCGGUAACAAUGUUCUCGGCAUCGGGCAAGCGCCGGCACAGGGGCUGCAGCUCGCCAUCCUGUCGGCAUCGUUCCCCAACGCGGCCGACUACACCAAGGUGAAGGCGGUUGCCGACAAGCUGCUCGCCGAUGUCGUCGCCGCCGCCAAGCGACGCAACACGUACCGCCCCUGGGUCGACCUGAACCACGCCAACUGGAACCAGGACGUGUUUGCCAGCUACGGCGCAGCGAACCAGCAGUUCCUGCGCACGACGGCCAAGGCCUACGACCCCUUUGGCGUCUUUCAGAAUUUGAAGCCGGGCGGCUUCAAGCUGUGGUGACUUUCGUGUACUAGGCGUAGGCGUGAAGUGGACAAACCCAGGUACAUGAAAAAAUGAAAAUGAUCACGGAUGACGGGCGUGUGGAGAGGGCGCCGAGGAUAUAAGAACCUUUGUGCCCAGAUUCAUCGCGCAUUACAGAUAGACAUCCAUCAAUUAUGCUAGGCCCAGACCUAGCCCGGGGCACUAGUUAGCCCCUGUAUAUCCCCUAUCCUCUCAUCCUCCCAGCGACAAGAGCUAUACUGAAUCCCU